AUGAUUGUAGCUAAAGAAUCAUACAACAGAGUAGAAGACACGGGCUCCUCCAUCAUCAUCAAUCAACACCAUGAACAACAACAAGAAGAUGAAGAAUCUGUAGAAACGCUCUCUCUCUGCGACCUUCCAAUUUACAGCGAUGAAUCUAAUUGUGAUGAUUAUCAGAGCGCUUCCUUUGAUGAUCAUAACCAAGAAGAUGAUACAUUCUUCGAAUUUUUCAGCGAUGAUUUCUCUGUUGCUAAUUCAUCUUAUUCUGGAUCUGAUAACAUUAUCUUCUGCGGCAAAUUGAUUCCCUACAAACAACCAAUCGAUUCACAAAUCAAACCAUCGGACAAAUUUUCUGGUAAGAAAUCGUCUGUAAUUGAUACUAGAUCGGGUUCAGGAGGAAUUAAAAGCUUCGAUCCGUUUUCGAUUUCAUUGACGAAUAAUCCCAUUCCUGAGUACAUCAAACGGCCAAAGAGGAAAUGGAAAUUGCAGAAAUACGAGUUACCGGAAGAGAGAGCGAUGAUACUGCAAUCGUCGCCGAUGAAAUCGCGAUGGUUCUUGUUCCUGUUUGGUAGCGCCAGGUUUCCGAAAGAGAUGGAACUGAGUGAGAUGAGGAUAAGGCAACGCCGGAGCAUGCGGUUGCCGGAACAACUCCAGCCGUCGUCGGAGGAGAGGAAAGUGGCGAAAGGAAGAAGCAAAGGGAAGAAGACUAAGACGGUUCAAGCGCUGUGUAAGGUUCUUAGGGCUUUGGUUAUAGGCUGCAGUAGCAGCAACCAUCGAGACGGCGCCAUAAAAGCUUCCUUUAAGCCAAUUUCGGCUGAAAACUAG